CGCUGCGACAGGAGCUUGUGGUGCUAUGGGUGCCAGGUGGUGCUGAGAGCAGUGGGGGCAUGGCUGCAGCCCUGCAGGUCCUGCCCUGUUUGGCCCGAGCCCCCUUGCAUCAGUGGAUCUGGGGAAGUCCAAUGGCCCGAAUGGCCAGUGGCAUGGCCCUACCAGAGCUGGCACGACAGCUGUUUGAGACCUCUGUGGGUGCUGUGCUGCCAGGCCCCAUGUUGCACCGGGCACUAUCCUUCGACCCUGAAGGCGGGCAGCUGAAGGUGCGGGACCGGAGCUUCCAGCUGCGGCAGAACCUCUACCUGGUGGGCUUCGGUAAGGCUGUGCUGGGCAUGGCAGCUGCUGCUGAGGAGCUGCUGGGCCAUCAUCUCGUUCAGGGCGUGAUCAGCGUUCCCCGGGGGAUCCGCGCGACCUUGGAGCGUGCUGGCAAGCAGGAGAUGCUGUUGAAGCCACACAGCCGUAUCCAGGUCUUCGAGGGUGCAGAAAACAACCUGCCGGACCGUGAUGCACUGCGGGCUGCGCUUGCCAUCCGGCAGCUGGCUGAAAGUCUCACAGCUGAUGAUCUGCUGCUAGUGCUUAUCUCAGGUGGGGGCUCAGCCCUGCUGCCUGCCCCCAUCCCACCCAUCACACUGGAGGAAAAGCAGACACUCACCAAGUUACUGGCAGCUCGAGGAGCCACCAUCCAGGAGCUGAACACCAUUCGGAAGGCCUUAUCCCAGCUGAAGGGUGGUGGACUGGCACAGGUCGCCUACCCUGCCCAGGUGGUGAGCCUGAUUCUGUCCGACGUGGUGGGGGACCCUGUGGAAUUCAUUGCUAGUGGACCCACUGUGGCCAGUGUCCACAACGUACAAGAUUGCCUGCAGAUCCUCAAUCGCUACAACCUUCGGGCUGCCUUGCCACGUUCUGUGAAGACUGUGCUGGCUCAGGCUGACUCUGACCCCCAGGGGCCGCACCCCUGCGGGCAUGUCCUCAAUGUGAUUAUUGGCUCCAAUGCAAUGGCACUGUCUGAGGCCCAGCAGCAGGCUGAGGCAAUGGGCUACCGAGCAGUGGUAUUGACGGCAGCCCUGCAGGGCGAUGUGAAAAGGGUUGCCGAGUUCUAUGGGCUGCUAGCCAGAGUGGCUGGAGCUUGCCUCUCUCCUGCUGGGACUGGAACCUUUGUGGAGGAGGAUACACAACUCCGUGAGCUUGCGACUGAGCUCCAGAUCCUGGACUUGCAGCUGAAGGACACUCUGAAGGCCGUGGUGGAGGCCAAGGGUCCCAUCUGCCUGCUGGCUGGUGGUGAGCCCACCGUGCAGUUGCAGGGCUUGGGCAAGGGGGGCCGGAACCAGGAACUGGCCCUGCGUGUUGGAGUGGAGCUGGGACGCUGGCCUCUGGGGCCUGUUAAUGUUCUGUUUUUGAGUGGUGGCACUGAUGGGCAGGAUGGGCCCACAGAGGCAGCUGGGGCUUGGGUCACUGCUGAGCUUGCCAGCCAGGCUGCCGCCGAGGGCCUGGAUGUGGCCACCUUCCUAGCCCACAAUGACUCACACACCUUCUUCUGCUGCUUCCAGGGUGGGUCACACCUGCUACAGACAGGGAUGACCGGCACCAAUGUCAUGGACACUCACCUGCUAUUCCUGUGGCCACGGUGAUCGCAUAGGUCAUAUUUUGGGAGUCCAGAGGAAGCCUAUGAGGGCAGGGUCCUAGGGUGACAACGUUGGUCACUGGGGCCUCACUAGGCCUUGGGACCCCUCCUCUCCUUGGCCUUGGCUGCUUGCUUGGUCCUCCCACCUCACACCCAGGGCCUCUGUUUUAUAUCCAUCCUCUUUCAACCAGAUUGGCAUAUUGGGGUACACUUCCACUCCUGCUUUCUGCUAUAGCAGAGGUACCCCUGAAGAGUAGGGCAAGCCCCUUUGCCAGUUUGUUAUUCUUGGGUUCCCUCCUCCCUGCCCUGGCAGCUCUUCUGCUGAGUUCCUGAGCCUGUAUUUUUCUGUGGGGUGAUGCACGGACUGAAAAUAAAAUGGA